AUGGGUGAAGUCUUAUUUGUUGAAAGGUAUAAGAUUGACAAUGGGGAAGAUACCUUUCUUUGGUAUGAUAACUGGCACUUUUUUGGUUCCUUGUGGUCUAAGUAUGGCAACAGAUUGAUGUGUGUUAUUGCUUUAAAUGCUCAAUCUAAAGUGGCCUCUGUGCUGGGGGUUAAUAGUUGGACCUGGCCAAAUGCUUCUUCUUGGGAGGUUAGGGAGAUCAUUGCCUAUACACCAUCUGAUUUUAUGCCCACUUCUGGUUGUCAUGAUAAACCUAUCUGGCUCCUCCAUAAUGAUGGUAAUUUUAGUAUUGGUUAUGCCUGGAAUUCUUGGAGAUUGAAAUGGCCCAAGGUUAGUUGGGCUAAUCUGGUGUGGAGUCCCUACUCUAUUCCUAGGGUGGGGUUCAUUGUCUGGAUGGCUAUUCUGGGUAGGUUUAAUACUGGAGAUAGGCUUGCCAUCUUUGGUAUUAACCCUAACCCUGUUUGCUCCAUUUAUGGGGUUCUUGGGGAGAAUCAUGACCAUUUGUUCUUCAAGUGUGCUUUCUUAUCUACUGUUUGGGCUGCUAUGCUUUCCAAAUGUAACACUAAUUGGUAUGUGAUGUGGUUGGGUUAUAAGCUGGUCUGGGGGUUGUUAGGGAUGUUGUUGUUGUGGGUUGAGUGGUGUUUUACUAAUAAUUAUUGUGAUGAUCAGCUGGAUGGUUAA